AUGCCUGCUCUCACAAUCAACACCGACAACCCUCCCAGCAACAAUCCUCCUUCACCGAGCAGACCGCCUGUUUCUCCUCUGACUCCCCCGCUACGUCCUACCGAACUCCCAGCCCCCGGAGCUUCUGGUUCUAGCGCCGCCGCUCACCCAAGCUUUACACUUUCACAGCCUGACCAGACUGCUAUACCACCGCCAGCACCUCAACCGCUAGAUUUUGAUGCGAACCCAGAUGUGAUAGCCCUCAAAUCGGCGAUAUCAAUCCUGCAAAUACAGAGACAACGUGCGACUGCAGAUAUCCAAGCCCUCAGCCGCGCAAAGGAUGAGGCUGUACAAAACCCUGAAGCCUUUAUAAGUGACCUUGUCGCGAACAAUAUCAACGCGCCCACCAACGACGACAGCGACAGUGAUGACGACGAUAUAGCUAUGAGCGGUCAGGGCUCGGGUAGUCAGCAACAAGACCCCGGCGAAGGCUCCUCCAAGCAGCGCAUCGCUACCGAACCACCAGCCUGGAGGAAUAUUCCUCAGCCACAAAACGUCGUCCGCUGUCCGCCCAUAAAUUGGUCCCAAUAUGCCGUCGUUGGUGACUCCCUAGAUAAGCUGCACAACGAGCAAGUUGUCCGUCCAAACCAGGGCACCCCGGCGACCGUAGGCGCAAACGGUAUGUAUGAGUUCAGGGGCGAGGGGAAGCAAGAGAGAUACCAGGGUGUCGCGGCACCAUAUGCUCCGACUCAGGAUCGCUUGAAAAAGAAGCCCAAGAGCAGAAAGUCAUGA